CACGACAGCAGCUCAUCCUCCAUCAUCAUGUAUUUGCUUGUUAGUUUUUGCGUCGCCAUUUUGGCCGUGCUGCAGGUGCAGGGUGCCUCCUACAUCCCGGAUUCGGACCGAAACACCAAGACGCUCCAGAACGAACUGCAAGUGGAGCGGGAUGGCAACUACAGGUACGCCUACGAGACCUCCAAUGGCAUAUCCGCCUCGCAGGCAGGACUAGGCGGCGUUUCCGUCCAGGGUGGAUCCAGCUACACCUCGCCCGAGGGCUCUGUGAUCAGUGUCAACUAUGUGGCCGAUGAGUUUGGCUACCAUCCCGUUGGCGAUCACAUACCGCAGGUGCCGGACUACAUAUUGCGGGCCCUGGAGUACAUUAGGACGCAUCCCUACCAGGUCAAGGAUUACUAUACCGGCGAGCUGAAGACCGUGGAACACGAUGCAGCUGCCUUCAACGUCUACACCCGCAAUUUCCAGGAGGCAACGUCACCGAGAUCCCGGCCAAGCACCACACCAAAGACCAUCUACCUCACCCAUCCGCCCACGACGACAACGGUGCGACCUGUGCGACAGAGACGCGGUGCUCCGAGGCACUGAAAAUGACGGAUGACUGGGGAUGUGGUUCAGGAAUCUUUGGCGGGGGAAGGGGCCGGUCUCCAUGGAAACCAACAUACAAAUCUGUGAAUUUUGAUCUAAACAAUUAAUUAAGCCUCAAACAAUAAAUAGAAGUGCUAAGCAAGCGUAAGCUAAAAUAUGAAAAAGAAGACAAAAGGCAGCUAUU